AUGAUCUCGGCCGAGGCACCGAUUCUUUUUGCCAAGGGUUGUGAUGUUUUCAUCACUGAACUGACUAUGAGGGCCUGGAUCCACGCUGAAGAAAACAAGCGCCGCACACUCCAGCGUUCUGAUAUUGCAUCUGCGCUGGCGAAGUCGGACAUGUUUGAUUUCCUGAUUGACAUUGUGCCGAGAGAAGAAGCCGCGUCUCACGCCAAGAGAGCGGCUGCACAGCCCGCAGCACCAACUGGAAGCGGCCAGGGUCGAAUGUCUGCCAACAUGUCGCAGCCCAACUCACACCCGAUGGCGGGAGCUGAAUACAUGGGUGGGCAUGGAAUCGCAAACGAACAGGAUUACCGCCAGAACCCCAGUCUUUAUGCCGGCCAAGUACCCGCGGCACCUUCUGCUGCCUAUGGCCAAGCACAGGCGACGGGUACAAUGUACGGCGAAAUGGACAAUAUGUACCAAUAUCCGGGCAUGCAAGCUCAGCAGGCACAGAUGACAUCCGAAGAGUUUGAGUGA